CGCCGUAGAGCCAGUAGCACCAUGGCGCUCACCAUGAGCACUAACCAAGCCCUGCUCGACGCUCAGCUCGAGCUCUGGCACAACACCUUCGGCUACAUCAAGUCCAUGGCGCUCAAAUCCGCGCUGGACCUCCGCAUUGCCGAUGCCAUCCACAGCCAUGGCGGCGGCGCCACCCUCCCGCAGAUAGGCGCGGCGGUCAAGCUCCACCCAUCCAAGAUCCCCUGCUUGCGUCGCCUCAUGCGCGUGCUCGCCGCCUCCGGCAUCCUCAGCGCCCAGAGCCCGUCGGGCGGCGCCGAACCCGUGUACGCGCUGACGCCGGUGUCCCGCCUCCUCGUCGGCUCCCAGAACCUUGCUCCUUUCACCGCCAUGAUACUCGAUCCAGCCUUCGUAUCCCCGUUCCUUGAGCUCGGCACAUGGUUCCAGAAUGAGCUGCCGGAGCCGUGCGUCUUCAAGCACACGCACGGCCGGACCUUGUGGGAGCACGCCAGCCGUGACGCCACCUUCGACGCGCUCGUCAACGACUCGAUGGUCUCGGACAGCCACUUCAUCAUGGACAUCGCCAUCAAGGAGUGCCCAGGUGCCUUCCAGGGGAUAAGCUUCCUGGUGGACGUCGGCGGAGGCCUCGGCGCGGCGGCGCAGGCCAUCUCGAAGGCGUUCCCUGGAGUGAAAUGUAGCGUGCUGGAUUUGGACCACGUCGUCGCCAAGGCUCCGAGUGGCACCGGCGUGCAGUACAUCGCCGGCGACAUGUUUGAGAGCGUCCCACCGGCGGAUGCCAUUUUCUUCAAGUGGGUUUUGCAUGACUGGGGUAAGGAGGAUUGUGUCAAGAUACUGAAGAAUUGCAAGAAAGCUAUUCCACCAAGAGAGGAUGGAGGGAAGGUGAUAAUCAUAGAUAUCGUGGUCGAAGAUGGAUCAUCAAACUCGAAGCACACAGAGACGCAGGCCUUGUUCGAUCUAUAUAUGACGCUUGUAAAUGGCAUGGAGCGAGAUGAGCAAGAGUGGAAGAGCAUCUUUUUCCAAGCUGGAUUCAGCGACUACAAGAUAUCGCCGGUGUUAGGUGCUAGAUCCAUCAUCGAGGUCUACCCGUAAAUUGUCUCGCGAGCAAAUGGUUAAGCUGGUACAUAUGGAUUGCGUGGGUUUGUAACUCCUAAUAAGUUUGCUACCUUAUUUGUGGUGGUAAUCCUUAAUCUGCUUGGGAAAGAGAAUACAAUCCAUACUGAGCCCACUCAGUACAUGUAUUCUUCCACGUAUGUAGCCUGCUUGUUUGUAAAUGGCAUUUACCUGCCUCCAUAUCGAUCUCAUCGGUAUAACAAUACCACAAUGAAAACCAAGAAACAACACCCAUGCUUUGCCGGCAA